AAAGAUCAAUUUUUGGCAGAUUUAAAUCAGAGAUGGCUUUUUCUUCUUUCAUUUCUCAGCCUUUGUCUUCAUCUCUCACGAUGAUGAAACGCAACAUUUCGGCUAAAAGAUCGGAACUUUGUCUUGAUUCUUCAAAGAUUAGAUUAGAUCAUCGUUGGAGCUUCAUUGGAGGAUCAAGAAUCUCUGUUCAGUCCAAUGUUUCAUCGAAUUCUUACACCGUUGUUCGCAAGAAAUUCUCCGGUGUACGAGCUUCAUGGUUAACUACUUCUCAGAUUGCAAGCAGUGUAUUUGCGGUUGGAACUACAACGGUUCUUCCCUUUUAUACUCUCAUGGUUGUAGCUCCAAAAGCUGAAAUUACCAAGAAGUGUAUGGAGAGUAGCAUACCGUAUAUCAUCUUAGGCGUGUUAUACGCGUAUUUGUUAUACCUUUCUUGGACACCCGAGACGCUCAAAUACAUGUUUUCUAGUAAAUACAUGUUGCCAGAGUUGUCUGGAAUAGCGAAAAUGUUCUCAAGUGAAAUGACUCUUGCUUCUGCUUGGAUUCAUCUUCUUGUUGUAGAUCUUUUUGCUGCCAGGCAAGUUUAUAAUGAUGGGUUAGAGAAUCAAAUCGAGACGAGGCAUUCGGUUUCGCUCUGCCUUCUUUUCUGUCCGGUUGGAAUCGUUUCGCAUUUCGUAACCAAAGCUAUAAUCAACAACCAGUCUAAAUAACCGGUGAUCUUGGUUUCUCAACUUGCUUUCUUAACUGCUUAUAAAGAUUUGGAAUGAUGGUUCAUUAUGCUUUGGCUUCAGUUAAAUUAGCUGUAAUGGGUUAUUAAGUUGUUUACAAAUUCAAUGAGACCAAAUAACUUGAGACAAGUUUUUAUCUUUUGUCAAUAAGUUUACUUUAUGAGG